AUGGCCAAUCCAAGUUAUCUAUCAACUUGUUGCUGUGUAAAGGACGAUCUUGAAGGAGAUUGUGAUGCGCUAGAACAACGAGUUUUAUUAGAAAGUCCAGUCGAUAUUACAUGUCUAGUGACAAGUGUCGUCAGUGUAGUGGGCGUGAUCUAUUUGUUAUUGCCCCGCCCUGAUUCUGACCUGCGUAAUACUCUAUCUACCAGUCAGACUAGGAUAUUAGCUGGGAGAGCUGUUCGGGAAAUUAUUCAUAUUCUGAUAUUAUGUGAUGUAUUGGCUGUAUUAGGUGUUAUAACCCGGUCUGUUGUCAAGUUAUCAGUCUCUGAUUCUAUUAAUAUUGGUUUCUGUAAUUUUAUUAAUAUUUGGAUCCAGUUUUUCUAUCUAUGUGGUUAUUUUUGGAAUAUUGUUUAUGGUGUUGAGUUGUUGUUUUCUGUAAAGAGUGCUGACCAUUCCUAUAUGAAAUAUGUGGUGGGAUUUUUACCUCCAGUUCUACUUAUAGUUUUACAGAUAUUGAUGGUGUACGCUUCAUCUUCUCAAUGGUGUCUAGAAGAAGGUUUAGAUAAAUUAUUUGUUUAUUUAUCAAUGAUAUUACCAGUCAUAUUUGUUUUAAUUAUAACACCAAUAAUCUUCUAUACUAUACUUAAAUCAGUUCGUAAAUCAAUGAUUGGUAGUUUAGGAAGAUUUGGGACUAUGGAACGAGAAGUUUUGAAUGCAGCAAGAUUUAAAUUCACUUCUAUUGUAAUAAUCUUUAUUUUCUGCUGGUUACCUAACCUGAUAUUUGCUGUCUUACAACUGUUUGAAGAAAGAAAUAUGAUGUAUGAUGUUUUUCUGGCUGUAGCUACCAUACAGGCUAUCACCAAUCCACUACAAGCUAUAUUAAAUUGUAUGGUAUAUAGAGGGUGGCCUGGGGCUCUGACCAUGUGUUCAAAUCAAUCUGAAGUUACCUCCCUUACACCAUCAAUGUCGCGGUCAGAUUUAGAUGGCAGCAUUGAAGUUCAGAUAAAUUCUCUAUCAUCCAGACUUCAACGCUCAACAGAAACUGACCCGAUUUUAAAUUUUCGAAAUCAAAGGCAGAGUUAUACUUCAUAG